UCCAAAUCCGAAAUUCGCGAACUUUCAAAGGCAACAACCAGUGAACGCAUUCCCCAGUUUUAAAUAGAGAGGAAUGAACCUGUGAUUCUGGGCAUCGUCGCCGGACAUUCUUCCGACUAUAGACGCCCAGGUGAUGAUCCCAGGCACCGUUGAUGCUGUCACUUUAUCACGGGACCGCGUUUCAUGACUAAUCCUCAUCCCAUCCCUUCACCUUCAGACUUUGAUGAUCUUAUAUGGCUUUCACUUCUCCCGAUGACCCAUUUUACGAACUCAUGCGUCCGCCUCCCGACGAGACCCCAGCCCAGAUGACAGCACGAAUAAAACGGGAGGCGGACGCACAACGAAUCAGCGACAAUAUCGACGAGGACAUCAAACGCGAUAGGAACGCACAGCGCAAGGCGCGCAAGGAGCUGAGGAUCCUCCUACUGGGCCAAGGCGAGAGUGGCAAGUCCACGACGCUCAAGAACUUUCGCAUGCAGUACGCCCGGGAAGACUGGGAGAGCGAGCGGGCAGGCUGGCGGGCCGUCGUACAGCUGAACAUCAUCCGGUCCAUCGUGCACAUUCUCGACCUCAUAGAAUCAGAAACGAGCGGCGGUGCCGCCUCCGGGGCCCAGGCCGUGGACGACGACGACGACAGCGAGUCGCGCCGGUCCUCGUACUCCGUGGCGGAGUCCUUCACAGACAAGCACCGGCUGCUGAUGAUCCGGCUCGCACCCCUCCGCGGGGUCGAAGCCGACCUCAAGCGCCGGCUGGGUGCCGGGGCAGACCUUGCGCCGUCCAUGUCGCCGAUGUACGCCACGCCCUUCGACGAGCCGGGCCCGCUGCCGUCGCCCAAGCGGCGCUUCGAGUUCUCCGUGCGCAGCUGGACGGACGCUAUCCAGGACGGCACGGCGGACGUCGAGUCGUGCACGAUUGCGAUGAUGUCGUGUAACGAGGACAUGCAGACGCUGUGGGGCGACUCGGCGGUUCAGGCACUGCUGGAGCGGCGCAAGGUCCGGCUGGCGGACGGUGCCGGGUUCUUCUUGAAUGAUCUCGAGCGGAUUGUGACGAGGUCGUAUAUGGCUACUGAUGAUGAUAUCGUGCGCGCACGGCUUAGGACAGUUGGCAUACAGGAGUAUCUGCUCAGAAUUGGAGAUGGGUUCUCGCUCCGCGGCGAUAACGCAUGGACAUGGAAACUGUAUGACGUCGGGGGAUGCCGGACCAUGCGUGCAGCCUGGCUGCCAUUCUUCGAGAACACGGAUGUGAUCAUCUUCCUUUGUCCCGUGUCCUGUUUCGACGAACGACUCGACGAGGAUUCACGUGUGAAUCGCCUCGAGGACUCGACGCUGCUGUGGCGCGCCAUCUGCACAUCGAAGCUGCUCGGGAAGACGCAGCUGAUUCUGUUUCUGAACAAAUGCGAUCUGCUGAAACGCAAGCUGAAACGCGGGAUCAAAGUCAAGACAUAUUUACCGAGCUACGGAGAUCGCCCAAAUGAGGUCAUGCCCGUGGUGAAAUACCUGCGCGAGAAGUACAAGGAGAUCCAGAAGCAGCAUUCUCCGGAACCACGGGUAUCCUACAUCUACACCACGACCGUCACUGACACGACUGCCACGGCCAAGACGCUUCACUCGAUCCGAGACCGGGUCUUACGUGAAAAUCUGGUGACGUCUAAUCUUGUAUAGGCUCCUGGUAGUACAUCCUAUCUAGUACUUAUCUAUUAUCUUUAUUGCACUUGUAUGUACUCAUUGUGUAUUGCACCCAGUAUUACAGCGGGGGGAGCAUUGGCUCGUAGAUUACCGCUCUGCAGCGCAAAGCUAUUACCUAUGGAACGUCAGGCGGCACGUAAGGAACAUUGUGGCUGUUGGCAUUAUACUUGUUAAAGAGACUAGAGCUACGCGUUUUCAAUUGUGGGUGCCGCCUCACGUGAGAAGAUCGAGUGGCGAGUUGUUGAGUGAUUUUGGUGUCGUCCGUUGACGAUAUUGAUCAGUUGUCGAAUGUGGCGUAGUUCCAGAGUAGCGGAUUCGACUACUAGAGACUCUACACAAAUAUAUUCUUCGAAUGCUUAUUCCGAACAGCCGUCAGUGGGUUUAUUACUCCACGGACGCGACACUUGGUUUAUGACUCAAGUACCUUAAGACUGUUGAUCUCGCAGUGGUAAGAAAUACUUUACCACCGUGAAGAUCAAUGAAACAAGCUUGAUCAAAGCUUAUAAAUGACUUAGGCUCACGCAGUGAUUUGG